UCUCCCGAUCUGGCUCUGCCCACUUCAAGCAGGAGGAGCAGGGAAAGUAUAAAACCUGAUUUGUCCAGUGAAGCUUUAGACUACUGGGAGACUUGGGAGAAGUUUGUGUGCAGCCGUAUAUCUCAGCCACCAGCACUGUCACCACCAUGCAACCGCGAUUGUUCUUUACGCUGCAAUGUUUGGCCUUGGUGGCUCCUGCAUUUUCGGCUCCGCUAGCCGGUGUGGUGGACGUCUCCUCCGGGAAGUCAGAUGUGACAGUCGUUAAGAACAAUUAUCUGGUCUUUGAAGAAAUCCACUCUUCAGAAGUUACAGGAGCAGAUGACCAUACUGGAGAUGAAUCUUCACAUCAUUCUGACAGUUCACACCAUGACCAUGACAACAAACAUGAAAGUAUGGAUCAUGACAUAAGUCAUAGCCAUGACAGUGACAGUCACCGUGACAGUGACAGCCACCAUGACAGUGAUGAUCAUCAUCACAAGAGCAGUGAGGAAAAGGACCACAGUGACAGUCACCAUGACAGUGACAGCCACCAUGACAGUGACAGCCACCAUGACAGUGACAGCCACGAUGACGAUCACCAUCACAAGAGCAGUGAGGAAAAGGACCACAGUGACAGUCACCAUGACAGUGACAGUGACAGUCAUCAUCACAAGAGCAGUGAGGAAAAGGACCAUAGUGACAGGCACCAUGACAGUGACAGCCAUCAUGACAGUGACGAUCAUCAUCACAAGAGCAGUGAGGAAAAGGAUCACGAUGAUAGUCACCAUGACAGUGAUAGCGACAGCCACCAGGACAGUGAUAGCAAACAUCACAAGAGCAGUGAAGAAAAGGACCACAGUGACGACAGUGAUAGUCACCAUGACGAUGACAGGAAACAUCACAAGAGCAGUGAGGAAGAUGACCACAGUGACAGUCACCAUGACAGUGAUGAUCACCAUCACAAGAGCAGUGAGGAAAAGGACCACAGUGACAGUCACCAUGACAGUGACAGUGACAGUCACCAAGACAGUGAUCAUCACCAUCACAAGAGCAGUGAGGAAAAGGACCACAGUGAUAGUCACCAUGACAGUGACAGUGAUAGUCACCAUGACAGUGACAGCCACCAGGAGAGUGACAGUGACAGCCACCAUGACAGGGAAAGCAAACAUCACAAGAGCAGUGAAGAAAAGGACCAUAGUGAUGACAGUGAUAGUCACCACGACGAUGACAAGAAACAUCACAAGAGCAGUGAGGAAGAUGACCACAGUGACAGUCACCAUGACGAUGAUAAUCACCAUCACAAGAGCAGUAAGGAAGAUGAUCACAGUGACAGUCACCAUGACAGUGAUCAUCACCAUCACAAGAGCAGUGAGGAAAAGGACCACAGUGACAGUCACCAUGACAGUGACAGUGACAGUCACCAUGACAGUGAUCAUCAUCAUCACAAGAACAGCGAGGAAAAGGACCAUAGUGACAGUCACCAUGACAGUGACAGUGACAGUCAUCAUGACAGUGAUCAUCACCAUCACAAGAGCAGUGAGGAAGAUGACCACAGUGAUCAUCACCAUGACAGUGACAGUGACAGUCACCACCAAAAGAGCAGUGAGGAAAAGGACCACGGUGAUAAUCACCAUCACAAGAGCAAUGAGGAUGAUGACCACAGUGAUAGUCACCAUGACAGUGACAGUCACCAUGACAGUGACAGUGACAGUGACAGUCAUCAUGAUGAUGAUCAUCACCAUCACAAGAGCAGUGAGGAAAAGGACCACAGUGAUAAUCACCAUCACAAGAGCAAUGAGGAAGAUGACCACAGUGAUAGUCACCAUGACAGUGACAGUCACCAUGACAGUGACAGUCACCAUGACAGUGAUAGUGACAGUCACCAUGACAGUGACAGUCACCAUGACAGUGACAGUGACAGUCACCAUGACAGUGACAGUCACCAUCACAAGGACAGUGAGGAAAAGGACAGUGACAGUCACCAUGACAGUGAUCAUCACCAUGAGAGUGACAGGCAUCAUGACAGUGACAGUCAUCAUGACAGUGACAGUGACAGUCAUCAUGGCAGUCACAGCAAAGAGAAUGGUGGGGACUCCGAAAAUGGCCAUGAUCACGAUGACAGCAAUGAGCUGGAGCACACAAGUAAACCGCACAGGAGCACCACGGAAAGCCAUUCUACUGGCGUUACUGAUCAACAUGGUGAGCACGACCAUACAGAAAUCACCACACACAGCCCCUCCCAUGCCUAAGUCUGAGUGGCCAGGAGACACAGCGGGAUCCUGAUCGAUCUACAGAUGUGUACUGAAGGUCACAGACAAGAAUCUGACCCUACGCAGCUGGAUUUCCACGACGUGAAAACUAGAGGAGUAUACACAAUCUCCUUCGUAAUCCUUGGAUCUUUCCUCAAAAACACAAGGAACAUGUUUCUCUAGGUCUAUGGGGAAUUCUCAAAUGAUUCCACUUUUAAUGCACAUUUUAACAGAAUUCUUUCAACAUGUGACAAUCGGCUAACUCAUGGCAAAAAAAAAAACAAAACAAAACUACAGAUUUACCCAGGUUAUCAUUUUUAUCUUCACUAAUUGGUUAAAAAAAAAUCUGUAAAACCAAGAAAGUAAAAAAAAAAAUGUGUUACCAUUGCACAUAUGGACUGAAUAGUUUCUGAAAAUCACUCGAUUGAGUUUUCUAAUAAUUCCUUACAAUAUGUUUUGUUGCUGUACAGCUGUCACGCCUUAGCAAAACCAGUUACUGCAGCAACGGACUGUCAUACUGACCACAGAGUUGAUGUUUCCUGAGUGUGAAUGUCAGGCAGACCUUCUAGCACGGGGAUUUUGGAUGGGGCUUUUAAAUGAUUCCUUUUUUUCUUACUUUAAAACCAGUUUUGGGAAAAUAUCUCAAAUUCUAGUUUUUAUUGCUGUAAGGUGUGUUAAAUAAUUAGAAUCUUUUAAUGGCAGUAACAUAGAUCACAAAGUCCUUUCUCAAACGUGUAUAGUGAAUAAAUUAAAUAAAACCUGAGAUGUCAGACAA